AUGCUGCCAACACAAGAAAAUAUAGCCAUACAAACGGAUAUAUUACCAACACAAAAUAUAGGACAUUUAGAUCAAAAUCAACCACAAGUAUACUCGUUACUAUCUAGUCCUAACAGUCCUUCAUCAACAAAAAAGCCUCGUCGAAAAAAGACAACGAAAUUAGAAGAAACUAUUCCUGUGAUGAUUAAUCCACAGAUAACAAGAACGUCUACCGGUGUUACGUUCGGUGCGCCUCAUCAUCAUCAUUCUUCGAUGAUAUUACCAGAAUCUAUACCAUCCUUCGUGUCCACACGUUUUAUAAAUGGUCAUACGUUUCCAUUCAGAUUUUUUAUAGAACAUGAUUCAUGUGAUGCAAAUAAUAAUAUCAGUCAAAAUCAAAUUUCAUCCCUUUCAAUGUCUUUAAAUUCAUCAGUAUCAGUUCAAACUCAACAAAAUCCUCCAUGGUCAAAUGAUUCUGUGCCAGUUAGCAGUUCAAAUUCGAUGUCACAAAUGGUUGCAGAACCACAGCUCUUUGGAUCUAACCAAAUAAUAAACAAUAAACUUGAGGAAAGAGCAGCGUCAGCGUAUUCAACGCAGCAAAACGAAUAUAAAUAUCUUAAUCCAUCACUUACGUACAGUCGUCAAGGAUCCCCAAUUAGUCACUCCCACACUAUUCCAUCAUCCAUAUCUUCCAUAUCUGCAUCUACUAUUGCACCUGCAAGACCAAAGAACAAAUAUUCCAAAAGACUAGAUUCACGUACUUCUAUCGAACAGUUACAGCCUACACCACAAAUAUCUCUCUGUCCAACUACUUUUACACAGCCUACAGCUUCAAAUGGCUUGCCAUCUAUAAUACCAACAUCUGUAACUGCAACGCCGAUUAAAUCUGACGAACCUCCACUUGCAAUGGACAUAUCAACAACAACAAAUUUUAUACCAUUAACACCACCUGCUUCAAUAAGUUCAAUAAAAUCUCCACCGACUAACAUUAACAAUGAGUAUUCAUUGGUAUCAAUUCAAAAAAAUUUAUUACCACAGAUUAAAAAUAAUACUCCUGGCGUAAACUCAAUAGCAAAACACUAUAUUCAUGAUCAAGGAUUUUCUCGUAUGCAAAACACAAAUAAUAAUUCAUACACAAGUAGUUUGCCAUACAAUUUACAUCAUUUAUUAGCUGCUGCUAAUCAACAAUACUGUAUGGUUCCUUCUGACUUGAUACCUACAAAUAUUCUACCGAUAGCAUGUACUUCUAUUAUACCUGGAACUAUCACUCCUACUCCUUCCGUAUUAAUACCAUCUGAUAUAAAAAAGGAAAGAAAAAAAUAUGUCCGAAAACUUAAAGUGGUGCAAAAUCCUAUAGUGGAAAUUCCAACACACAAACAAUCUUUGACUUCUAAAUCAUUAACAACAGCUAUAUCUACUACUAAUACCACUAGAGAAAGAAAACAUAAAUAUUCAAGUAAGAAAGAUAUACGAACAAAAAACCAAUUACGACGUUUUGCACGUCGACAUCGAUUGGCUGUUCUGAAGUUCAUGAUGCGAAAGCGAAAACAACAAAAACAAGAACAAACAUCAAUACAAAAGCUUCCUGACGUCAAAACAGAACAAGUUGUACCAAAAUUAGUCAGCACUCAUAUGGUAAAUUCAGACAAAAUUGAGUCGCAUUUACCAGAUAUUAUUGCACCAACGACGUAA